AUGGGAAAGCCUAGGCUAAUCAUCCUCAUACGGCAUGCUCAAUCCGAAGGCAACAAGAAUCGCGAUAUACAUCAGACCGUGCCAGACCACCGCGUCCGCCUCACACCAGAAGGGCAUCAACAAGCUCUUGAAGCAGGUCGCAAGCUGCGCGCACUCCUUCGUCCUGAUGACACCCUCCACUUCUUCACAUCCCCCUACCGGCGUACGAGGGAGACCACAGAAGGGAUCCUAUCUGCCUUGACCAGCGAUGAUCCGUCACCGUCUCCAUUCCCCAGGAAUACAAUCAAAGUAUAUGAAGAACCAAGGUUGAGGGAACAAGAUUUUGGAAACUUCCAACCAUGUUCUGCAGAAAUGGAAAGGAUGUGGCAAGCGAGGGCAGACUACGGGCACUUCUUUUACCGUAUACCAAAUGGCGAGAGUGCUGCUGAUGCGUAUGACCGGAUCUCUGGCUUCAAUGAUUCGCUUUGGCGACGGUUCGAAGAGAAUGAUUUUGCCAGUGUUUGCAUACUCGUUACCCAUGGCUUGAUGACUCGGGUAUUCCUUAUGAAAUGGUACCAUUUCAGUGUUGAGUACUUCGAAGAUCUACGAAACGUUAAUCACUGCGAGUUUGUAGUCAUGAAAAAAAACCUCGCCAAUGGCAAAUUCAUCCUUCAGAAUCAGCUUCGAACAUGGUCUGAGCUGAAGCGCGAGAGGGCUGCCAGGGAUAGUAUCAAUCAUGCGAACAAUGCCGCUCCGGAACCAGGGAUUGGUGAUUCACCUAUACCACAGCGGAGAAGAUGGGGAAGUUGCCCUGACGGUUGUGAUCACUCGCAGCAUAAUCAUGGACUUGGAUAUUCACAACCCAAGCGGCAAAAUACAGCAGAUUUAUUCAAAGACGAUAACGAGAUCCUCUCGUCUUCAUUCAAGGACGCCUCCCGAAGUUCCUCGAGGAGUAACUCCAUAAAACUCAAUCAAACCCGAUCUCCACCUUGCAUGCCGCAAAGUCGAGACCGCUACCCGCCACACACUGGUGGCAAGAACCGGGACAGCGCUGCGAGCGGUGAUCUGAGCUUACCGGACAAUGAAGAAACCAUACUCGAUCAAGAUUCUGCAAUAGCCUCGCCAGCUACCCAAUUGCCGUUCCACAGCAGCAGCAGAACAUCAAAAAAUCGCUUUCGAAGCGCACAACCUGGCUCCAUGUCCCUUAAUGAAACUCUCAUAGAAGAAGAACUCUCACCAAAUUUGCAGACAGAAGGCGUCCCAACACCCAAACAUUUCGCCGUCCCGCCACCCUCCGCCGGAUACCCUGCCAAACACCCCUCAACAACCGCAAUCACACCAGAAAUAUUAAAUCGCAAACUCCGCUCCCCAAGAGAAUUGGCUCUAAUCUCCAUGGCUGGCCGCGAUGGCGGAGGCAGCCGAUCCGGGGCUGGCUCAUCCGACGAAGCAGACGCAGAAGAAGAACAAAGCAUAUCCCAACUACCACCAUCGCGACAUCAUCUCCUCCAAACAAUGCAAACUCGGCUCCCAAUACCCCAAUCAGACGCACCAACACUACCACCACCACCACCUCCUCCUCCUCCUCCCUCCUCGCAGCGGCCCUAA